CGCGGAGGCGGGGUCCGGGGUCUGUGCGUCGUUAGACCCGCAGCGCCAGCUGCUGCUGUUGUCGCGGGCCGACAAACAGCGAAUCGACGCAAAGAUACGAAGUUGAGGUACUAAGUGAACCGAGUCCUACUGUUUCUGCCUCCCAAACUUAAAGACGCAUCUGAAAAAGUUAAAAGAGAUGCCGGGAUUGAACCACGCAGGUGUGCGCGCUGUCCAGGCGUCGCUCUUGAUUCAAAUUGCUGUGUCAUCUUUCGGCACUACCGUGCUAGGCCAGAGUGAUGGCAGUAGUGUGGUGGUGGCCAUGUACAAUAUCAGCGCCCCACAAGGGUCCCAAACGGUACUGCAGUGUUAUAGCCAGCGCAUGGUGUGGACCCAGGACCGCCUGAAAGACCGGCAACGCGUGGUCCAUUGGGAUCUGUUCCGCAGCACUCCUGACUACGCCAUGGAGCGCAUCCUGGACAUGUUUUCCACUGGAGACCAGCGCAUCUACAACGCCUACAACCAGGAGCGGAUCAGCAUGCCCAAGAGCGCUUUUCAAGAUGGAAACUUCUCACUAGUUAUCAAGAAUGUGGAAACGAGUGACAGAGGCAUCUACUCCUGCAACCUCCACCAUCACUACUGUCACCUAUAUGAGUCCAUCAAAGUGCAACUCAAUGUCACCAAAUCAGCGCGUAAGGAGCGGCGUUUCUGGGACGGGCAGAAGGCAGUGUACGUGGUCCUGGCAGGCAGCACGGUGGUGCUGCCCUGCGUCAAUCGCCGGCCCAUCUGGACGGAGAGCAACAGUGAGGAGGAGCAGCAACAGGUGGUGCACUGGGACCGGCAGGGCCCAGGGGUCCGGCAUGACCGCGCUGACCGCCUCGUUGACUUGUAUGCGUCAGGAGAGCGCCGUCACUACGGGCCGCUCUUCAUCCAGAGGAAGAUGAACAUCUCAACCACGGCAUUCUCACGUGGGGACUUCUCACUCACCAUCUCAGACCUGCAACCCGCUGACAAGGGCCUGUACUCCUGCCAUCUCCACCACCACUACUGUGGCCUGCAUGAGAGACGCAUCUUCCAGCUAAAUGUCGGCCCGCCCGUCCCACUGGAGGCCACGCAUACUCCCUACUCUCUGCCCAAAGAAGACCCCAUGACAAAAGCGGUGGAAAUGCCCCCUCAUGUCAUCAAUGUUAUCCUGCCAGAGCACCGAGGUCACUUCCUGCAGCAGCUGGGAUACAUCCUGGCCACCCUUCUCCUGAUGGCCCUCAUCAUCCUGGCCAUUGUCCUCCUCACCUGCCGACGGAAGGCUCGAGCCUUGGAAUAUGAUCCACGUGUGACUGCGAAAUCAGAACUGCCUACUGUGAAAUUUAUAAGCCAUCAAUGCCGUUUGAGCAAAAACUAUGAGAGAGACGUUCCAGAGGUGAAGAUGUGCAACCAGGAUGAGGCAAAGUGUGAGUUCAAAAAUAACCUUCUAAAAGAGGCUGAGAUGUCCAAAUGUUCCUCCCCUAAGGUCAUCGACUUGGACAGAGACUUGCAGAAGUCAUGGAAAUGAGAGAUGCGCUGGCCACUGGCUGGUCCAGGGGCAGAUAAAGCAGAAUGCAGGAGAGCAGCUUUAGGAGUGCAUACACACAGAUGAGUGUUGUACGGAGGGGAGGAAAGCAUGAAGUGCUGUGCAUGUGUGCUUGUGUGUGUGUGUGUGUGUGUGUGUGUGUGUGUGUGUGUGUGCACGCAAUGCAGUCUUUGCUGUUUCAGGUUCACUAGUACAGCAGGGGCAGGGCUUUCCUGCUGAGAGGAGCACCCUAUCACAUUUAGAUCACUGACUGUGUGAUGCUGCAGCAUCCACUGUAGGCUUUCUCCACUGCCCAAAGGACCAAUCACACUUGCCACCUUCUCCUCAGGCUUCAGAUCUACAAAAACAAGCUUCAGUGACAUCAGUGUGCCCUUUAACCUACAUCAAUAAUGCAUAUUUUAGAUUUUAUGCUAUACACUUGCCAGACUGCAUUGUGUAUUUAGCGGUAUCUUUCAAAUCUCAAACUAAAACACUGCUUUCUUAUUAGACAAUGUGCAAAUGUGAGGUAAUUUGCAUACAGAAAUGCAUUUGAUAACUGCAUUUGAUAACUGAGUGACAGAUAAAAGCUUAAUAAUAAUGCUUAAACUUGCUUAAAUUCAAGUGCCUUGAGUCAUACAGUAAUUAAUUAUUUUCCUUUUUUUCAGCUAAAGAACUAGGAUAUAUAAGCUUUGUUCUCAUUCAUCUGUUUUUUUUGUUUUAUGGAUAUUUUUACAUCCAUCCAAAUAUGUUUGGGUUGAUUAUUUAAGAUGUUUAUUAAUACCAAUAUAUAUGUAUUAAUGGCAUAAUGAAACUUCAAAUAUUGACCUAGAACUCAUUUUAAAUACUUUUACAGUAGAAGAUUGAACAGCAGAGACUUUUUAAAAUCAAAAUGCAUGAUACAUAUCCAAUAUGCUGCAUUUUCUAUAUUUGCUUGUGUUUAGUACAUUAUUCGGACAGAUAGCCUUCAGAAAUGUAAGUGUGCUGAGUAUAGCCCAUCACCUGCUAGAUCUCAGUAGCUCAUUAAAAGGCUGAAGCUGCAUCAUUAAUGCUCACACUAGCACCAGACACUCACAGAGCUUAUUUUUGUCUUUGUUCACUCCCUACCACCGAUCUCCCCAGGGCUUGUGAGAGUCUUUUGAUCAGACAGAUUCUCCAUCUCAUCCACAGAUUCUUUAAUCCCUUGGUAACCUCUGCCCUCUGUGAGCUAACUCCAGUUUAUUUCGCUAGCUGUUUGUUAUUUUUACGCUACUGCAUUUGCUUCCUUUGAAUGUACAAGUGCCAGACUUACUGGAAUAAAACAUUAAUUUCAUUGUAAUUGAACAGUGGCAAUGAAGCUAUUCUAUUCUAUUUUAUUCUAUUCUUUGUGGAAUUUGCCCUCAUUUAUCUGUUGUGACUCCCCUCUGUUUGCUCUGCCUGAUGCUCUUACUGUGAUUGCUGUUGCUUCUUAAAUAUUCUUGCAUCCACACAUUCAUGUAAGAGGCCUUGCUGUUAUCCGAAACGCGACCGCUUCCAUGGCACUGUGCCCGCAACUCACCUCCAGUAACACGCUGCUGCUUGUAAUGCGUUUUCAUACAGUAGUGCUUGAAAUCUGCAGGAGCCACAGUUCAACCAAGUGUUAUUGAAUGCCAGAGCUGCAGAUGGUAUUUUGGCUCAGUCAAGAUAAAAGGAACCAAUGUUUGAAACCUCUGUAGGAGGGAUAAUUAUGGCCAGUAUGACAUCCACAUAUUCUUAUUAUUUUUCUCAGUGUUUCCUUAACCACCCAUUAAUAUUGAGAAAAUUGUAGGGAGCAGUUGGAUAGACCAUAAUUCUGCAAGUAUGCCAAACAAUAGCCUACUCAUUUUGUGUCUUGAUUGAAUUCCUUUGGCCUGAACACCUUAAUAUGGCUCCUGGCUGGGUUACUUCUGAUGAUGUAAUGACUCUCGGUUCCUGUAAUGAAGGCUAUGCUCAGAAACAUUCUGUUAAUAAAGGGUUUGUUAAUUAACAUUUGC